AACCUAAUUUACUAAUUUUGUCACUUUUCGAAAGCAAAACUUGUCCGAAUUCGAACCAAGCUUCGAUCUCGAAUCCCUAAUUUCAGAACCCUAGUUAUUUGGAAGAGGGAAGUUUACAGAACGCGGCAUUUUAAAGGAUGAUUGUGAGCCAGAACAUGGUGGCGGAAGCGGAAAUCAUGUUUCAGCAGAGCAUUCCGGUGCUGGAUGUGAAGUAUCAUCUAUGCGCAAUGCAAGAGCACGCCGUUAAGGAAUCGGUAUUCCUAUCUUUAGAACAGUUUGAGUCUUGCCUGAAUCGAUAGAAAUGGCUGUGAGUUGCUCUGAGUUGAUUGAAGAUACCGUUUUAGAGACUCAUGUUACCACAUUUACUCCAACGGUUUGUUCUGGAAGCUGUGCUGAUAUUGGACCAAGGGGAUCCAUGGAUGAUGAGCACAUCCAAAUAGAUGAUCUAGCUGCCCACCUUGGAUUUGUGUUCAAAUACCCUAUACGGAGUGCAUUUUAUGCAGUUUUUGAUGGGCGAGGGCCUAAUGCAGCUGCUUUCAUUAAGAGGAAUGCAAUUAGAUUAUUUUUUGAAGACACCAAUAUGAUGCAAUCAUAUGAUACAGAUGCACUUUCCCUAAAAUGGUUGGAGGAUUCUCAUAGGAAAGCAUUCUUAGGGGCAGACCUUGCCUUGGCUGGUGAACGGAGUGUUAGUCAUACUUAUGGGACAACAGCAUUGACUGCCCUUAUACUUGGAAGGCAUUUACUGGUUGCCAAUGCUGGUGAUUGUCGAGCAGUUCUUUGUAGGCGAGGAGUAACAGUUGAGAUGUCUCAUGAUCACAGACCGAGUUAUUUACCAGAACGGAGGAGAGUGGAAGAGUUAGGUGGUUUCAUCUAUGAUGGGUAUCUCAAUGGUGAUCUUUCUGUCACCCAUGCCCUUGGUGAUUGGAAGUUGAAGUAUCCAUUUGGGACUGCGUUGCCUCGUAUUGUUCCAGAUAUUCAAGUAUUUACAUUGACAGAGAAGGACGAGUUCUUGAUUAUUGGGUGCGACGGCAUUUGGGAUGUAAUGUCAAGCCAGGAAGCAGUUAGUUUCGUGCGUCGACAAUUGAGAAGGCAUGAUGAUCCACAACAAUGUGCCAAAGAACUAGUUAAGGAAGCAUUGCACCUCAAUACAACAGAUAAUCUUACUGUGAUUGGUAUAUGCUUAUCCCCGGUGGAAAAGAUUGUUGAAUCUCUCCCACCGCAUAGGCGAAGAUUCAGAGCUUGCUUCCUAUCUGAAGAGGCCAGAUUGAGGAGCUUACUUGAAGGAAAAUAAGUGUGCAUAUACUUCUCACCAUCGGCAGCUGUUCCUUCCAUGCAUAGAUUAGGUUGUGUUUGUAGGCUGUCUUAGAGUGCUACAGAAAAUCAGCCAGCAGUUUUGUAGGGAUAGAGAGAAAAGAUUAGGGGGGUGUUUUUCACCUAUUUAAUGAGAGGUAUUUUUUCUGGGUUAUGACUUUAUUCGAUAGAGACAAUUGUAGGUAGCUAUUUUUUUGUGGAAACCAUGGUGAAUAGAAUUUGACAGUUGUUACGUGUGUAAACAAAGAGAAUUGAUUCAGCCUUGUCAACAACAUGUAUGAAUGCAGCAAGAAUUUGAUGUUCUUUUGGAAUAUUG